AUGCUAGAUUCGCAAUUCUGCGAGAUAAAUAACUCUUUGGAUAGUACAAUGUUUAUGGUUCAAAGCGAGAGACAAAAAGAGGUUGAUGCCUUGCUGCCUGAAGAUAACCAUGUGGGGAAAGUCAAGUUCUCCGCGGCGCGAGAAGUCGCAUUCUUCACCUCGCGGGGCCCUGCCCGAACAAUGUCGCAGCUGGACGAGCUACAAAACCAAGACCUUGCCGAGGAAAUUGAAGCCAUCAAUGCCAUAUACGAGCCCGAUACCGUCACGGUGACCCAGCCGGCCGCCGGUCACUCUAACAACACACUCGACUUGGGCUCCUCCGGUACCUCAAACGACAAUGCGCAAACAACAGUGACACUUCAGAUCCCUGGUCAACCACAUUUAUCUUUUCGGCUUGGAUUUGGCGUCACAUACCCAGAAACACGACCUACGGUGCUCGGGACUGCGUCGACUGCCGCGCGCGGGGAAGGAAAGAUUGCUGUCGAUGUGUUGGAAGACAUUGUACAACGGACGUGGCAGGCUGGUGCCGUCUGUCUUUUUGAUGUGAUCAGUGAAGCUGUGGAGGUAUUCCCCGAGCUGAAUAUCGGUGGAAAUAAAGAUAGCGAUGAAGCCGGGCAAGCCGAGCAAAGUGCCACAGGGCAAACCUCAAGCAAAGCCGACGAGCCCACAAUAUCAGGAGAGAAAUUUGCUGCUCUUUCACUUCGUGAUGCAUUUGGACUCGAUAAUCCCCCCGAAUGGAUCCUUUCCGACGUCAUUUCAGAAAAGAAAUCGACCUUCCUAGCCCGAGCGGUGCAGGUCACCAGCUUAGCACAAGCACAAGCCUAUUUAGAUCAUUUGACGGCUACGGAUAAGAAAGUCGCUGUGGCGACACAUAACAUCAGUGCCUGGCGCAUCAAACAAAAGAAAGACGGCGGGUCUAACUCUGAUCCUGACGCAGCGGAGACAGUGGUUCAGGAUUACGACGACGAUGGCGAGACCGCUGCUGGGGGCCGCUUACUACACGUGAUGCAAUUAAUGGAUGUAUGGAAUGUGUUGGUUGUCGUCUCAAGGUGGUUCGGGGGUAUCCAUCUGGGCCCUGCACGGUUCCGGCUCAUCAAUGAUGCCGGGCGUGACGCUUUAGUCAAGGGUGGUUUUGACAAAAAGCAGAGCACAACUGCCCCUGAGAAGGGUAAGAAGAAAGGGAAGAAAUGA